CGAGUUAUAUUUGCCCUCUUUAGCUCGCCGACGGCCGCAUAUCAGCCCGGCUGGGACGGAACCACAGCCGAGAGAGAGCCCUCCCCGCAGGCCUGGAUAACAUCUGUUACCCGCAGAUCAAGGUGUGCUUGGUGCUUAUCAAACAAUGGAUGGUUGAUAAAUAAGAAAUAUUGACAUUGAAAUUCCGAGGACUGAGCACCACUUUCCGAAGAUUGAAUUUUUUUAAUUUCCAUUUAUUACAUCCACUUAUUCGCGUCACUCUCCUGAUAAAGAAGCGAAUUCUUUUUUUCCUUUCGGGGGGAUUUUGCGAAGUUCUUUGCCGUAGGCAUUCACACCUUUGGAAAGGAUUCGAUUUUGAUUCUCCCUCGUAGUACUUGUUAGAUAUUUUUUUCCUGCAAAGAGUUUUCUCGGGGAUGUUGAGCUCUGUGAAGAUGGAAUCCCACGAUCUCCCGGAGUGGAAUACCUUCUACAGCGAGGCAAGCGAGAUGUACUCUUCCGCCAGCACCAUGAACUCGGGCCUCGGCUCCAUGGGUUCCAUGGGACCCAUCAACAGCUACAUCAACCUGAACCCGGCCGUGCCCCCCUCCUCGGGCAUGAACAUGGCCUACCCCUCCUCCAGCCUGAGCAGCUCCCCUCUGCCCUCCAUGGGCGGCGGCCCCACCCACAUGUCCCUGUCCCCCAUCACCUCCUCCCUCAACCCGGGAGCCCUGGGCCAGCUGGGCUCCUCGGGCCCCGGCUCCCUGGGCUCGCUGUCCCACUACCAGAACAUGGGCCAGCCCAUGGGCCAGCUGGGCUACCCCUCCCCCGGCUCCAUCAGCCGGGCCGGCCCCAAGGAGGUGCCCAAGCCGUACCGCCGCUCCCUCACCCACGCCAAGCCGCCCUACUCCUACAUCUCCCUGAUCACCAUGGCCAUCCAGCAGAGCGGCAGCAAGAUGCUCACCCUCAACGAGAUCUACCAGUGGAUCAUGGACCUGUUCCCCUACUACCGCGAGAACCAGCAGCGCUGGCAGAACUCCAUCCGCCACUCGCUCUCCUUCAACGACUGCUUCGUCAAGGUGGCCCGCUCGCCCGACAAGCCCGGCAAGGGCUCCUACUGGGCGCUGCACCCCAACUCGGGCAACAUGUUCGAGAACGGCUGCUACCUGCGGCGGCAGAAGCGCUUCAAGAUCGAGGAGAAGGCGGCGGCCAAGAAGGCGGGCAAGAGCCAGGAGGGCGGCGGCGGCGGCGGCGGCGGCGGCGGGAAGGGGGCCCACGGCGGGGACAGCAUGUCCGAGGUGCACAGCCCCGCCGGGGGCUCGGAGGGCGCCGACUCCACCCACUCGGACCACUCCCACCCGGGCUCCUCCUCGGACGACCAGCAGCACCGCCGGGGCCCCCUGAUGGACUGCGCUCCCCCGCCUCCCCCCUCCGCGCACCCCCACAGCCCGGCGGGCGCCCUGCCGCCCGUCUCCUCCGCCUCCCUCAUCGCCCCGUCCCCGCUCUCCCUGUCCUCCGCCUGCCCCUCCAACGCGCUGCUCCACCCGCAGGCCCUGGGCGGCGGGGCGCACCUCCUGCCGAACCCCAUGCAGCAGAACAUGGACAUGCAGACGGAGGCCCUCAAGUCCAUGGACCCCCACUACAACUUCAACCACCCCUUCUCCAUCACCAACCUCAUGUCCAACGAGCAGCGCAUGGACCUGAAGACCUACCAGGACCAGGUGAUGGCCUACAACGGCUACGCCGGCGGCUCCCCCAUCGCCGCCAAGCAGAUCUACGAGAGCCCGGGGCCCGUGUCCAUGGACUCGGGGGCCUACUACCAGACCCUGUACAGCCGCUCCGUGCUCAACGCCUCCUAAUAUGGACGUCCUUCCUUCCUUCCUUCUUGGCUGCAGCCAGCUAAGAUGGAGGACGGUGGUGGUGGUGGUUGUGGUGUUGGCUCGGAGGAUUGCUCCCUCUCUUUUCUUUUCUACAAAAUGGACAAAUACGCUUUCACUAUCUCUUUUAUUAUUCGCUUCCUCUCUCUCUCUCUCCGUCUGUCUGUCUCUCUCUUUAUCUUUCUUUCUCUCUCGCUCUCUCUCUCUCUCUCUCCCUCUCUCUCUCUCCCUCUCUGUCUCUCUCUCUCUCUCU